UUACCGACUUCAUGGAUGCCGCCGAGCGUUGUGCUCUUGCCUACAUUGCACAGCCCUCGGACUCUACACUGCUGGCUUUUCUCGCCCUUCCAAAGGUCGGCCUCACCCAGGCGCUCGCUCCAGAACAGCCCCUCAGGCCGUCAACCUUCCUUCAGCAGUUCCCGCAUAUCCCCUGGCCAGAACAGCCACCCGCUCGCCGUCCUCCCAGCAAUAUUCGUCCUGACACCACCAAACAAGUCAUCAAACUCGUUGAGAAUGGGCGCCUAGGUGCGGCAGAGAGGGUGUUGGAGGAGGAUGCUUCAGUAGCCGAACUCGAUCAAGGGGUCAUCGACCAGCUCAUCACCAAGCACCCCAAAGGGCCGUCUUGUCCAUUCGGCAAUGCAGUGGGUCCAACUCCUGGUAAAGCUCCCGACAUCGACACCAUCCAAAAGGCCCUCGACUCCUUCAACCCCGACACAGCACCUGGCGUUAGUGGCUGGUCGGUCCCUCUCUUGAAGACGGCCGCCAAGAGGGAGCCGGUCAAGCAGUUUCUCCAACUCCUCUGCGCCGCCAUCGCCAACAACACCGCCCCUGGUCGCUCUAUGCUCCGCACUUCUCGUCUCAUCCCCUUGAAGAAGGACGAUGGCUCUAUCCGACCUAUCGCUGUUGGUGAACUUAUCUAUCGGCUGUGUGCGAAAGCUCUCAUCAUCUCGCAUUUCCAACCCGACUUCCUCCUCCCGUUCCAGCUCGGGGUCAAGUCAAUCGGUGGUGUAGAGCCGAUCGUGAGGCUGACAGAGAGAGUCUUGGAGGGUUCUGCCGGCGCUGAGUUCUCCUUUUUAGCCUCGCUCGAUGCUUCUAACGCUUUCAACCGUGUAGAUAGGGCCGAGAUGGCAGCUGCGGUCAAGACCCAUGCGCCGACGCUUUGGAGGACUUGCAAAUGGGCCUAUGGCGACUCGUCCGACCUUGUGUGUGGCGACAAAAUCCUUCAAUCCUCUCAAGGUGUUCGACAGGGUGACCCCUUUGGCCCUCUCUUCUUCUCAAUCACCCUCCGACCAACCUUGCACGCCCUCAGUCAAUCGCUAGGUCCGUCUACGCAAGCGCUCGCUUAUCUCGAUGACAUCUACCUCUUCUCAAACGACUCGCAAGUCCUCAGCAAAACUACCCAAUUCCUCGCCGACAAGCAGCACAUCAUCAAGCUCAACGAAAAGAAAUGCAAGUUAAUCAGCUUCGAUGAGAUCAGGCAGGAGGGCUUCAAGAUGCUAGGGACGAUGGUAGGUGGUAAGGAGAAGCGGGCGGAGUUUCUGGAAGGCAGGAUUCGGAAGGAAAUGGCAAAGGUGGGCAAGCUCAAGGAUCUUCCACAUCAACACGCGCUCCUUCUAUUACGCUUCUGCAUUCAGCAAAAUCUACGACACCUGCAGAGAAGCCUACGCUCCGACGACCUUGUAGAUCUAUGGGAAAGACUGGACACGAUGCUGUGGGAGGAGGUGAAAAGGAUGAGGAUGAGGCAGCGAGAGGAUACGGUGGAAGAGGAGGCUCUAGGGAGAUCGUUGACGAAGCUACCAGCGCGACUGGGCGGACUAGGUCUACUUUCCUUCAAAGAUGUAGCCCCCCUUGCUUACCGCUCGGCAGCCGAGGCCUCCGACACUCUCCUCGAUAACCUAGGUCUCCUUUCUUCGCCAGAGGAACCUCCAACUCCGAUCCCCCAACGAACUCGAUGCGCAGAACUCUGGGAAUCGCAACAGGAAGCCAUCCUACAUAAUCUCGGCGACACUGAACGCAAGCGACUCACCGAGAAUGCCUCCAGACUCGGCCGAAGUUGGUUAUCAGUUAUCCCUUACCUUCAACCCCUGCGCCUUUCCAAUGUCGAGAUUGCCUCUGGUCUCCAUGACCGCACCCUGGUCGGCUCCUCGAUCCCUGUCUGUCGCUUCUGUGGGUCGGACUCACCUUUGGGUCACGACGAGCUUUGCCGCGCCCGCAACCCCUGGACCCAGCGCCGGCACAAUGCCAUCAACCGCGUCAUCUAUCAACACCUCAAACAAAUCCAAGGUGCCACGGUUGAGAUUGAGCCCCACACGCUGUCGGGACAAAGGAGAAACGACCUUCGGGUCAGAGGUUCCAGCGCUCUGGCCUUCACUGACUACGACCUGAAGGUUUACUCCCUCGGGGACCGAGACGCGAGGAGCACAGCCACCCCCAGCACCCCCAACAGCAAACUGGCCGGCUUCUGCUUGGACCGGUGCGUGAACUGGCUCGACAAGGUGGGUCAGGUCGUCUCGAAGAACGCUCCGAAAGUCACUGGUGGGGUCUUUAAACCGAUCAUCCUUUCCACUGGUGGCCUGAUGAGCAGGAGCACAGCAGACGAAUGGAAGGAGUGGAGGGAGGCGAUGCCGGUGGGGGGGUUCGAGAAAAUGGAGAAACGGAUUGGCUCGCCCUUGACUUCAUUAUCCCGCGCCUCUGCUUCCGACUCACCUUUAUCUUCGCUCGUCUCAUCACAUCAAACACUCCCCGAAAAUUCAAAUUCCCCUCGUGACGAUCCCAUUGCAUACGGCGGCCACCCUAAAAACAAAGACCGACCAUAUCCUCUCUCUCUCGUCCCCUUCGACCUCAGCGAACCUUAUGAGGCCUCUGAAUACCUCACUAUCCGCUCCUACGAUGAGACAUGCCGAUUUGACUAUCUGGGCCAACCAUGGGCCAAUGAGUACAGGGACGGGAUGAUCGAGGACGAGCAGAUGUUCGAUGACAGUGUUUUUCGUCGCUAUCUUGAUCGGUUCAUCCAAGAGAACUACAACCACAUAACGAGGGCUACCGAUUUCUUUCAUCAGUCAAAUUUGAAAUCGGUCUUCUACAGCAGAAAGGACAAAGAGUGGGAGAAGCUAGAUCUGGUGGAUGCAUACAGACGACAGACGGGAAAAGUCCUUGGAGUCCAUUCUUCUUCACAAGACAGUCUCAGAUCAAGAAAUGAUGGUGCCACUACUCCUGACGCCUCUCUUAUCGGCGUUGUCAAAGAUCUCAGCUGCUCAUCGGGCUGGAAACGAACGCUUUAUGCGGUCAUCGAAUUGAAGUGGAUGAAACUAGCGACUUUUCUUAUCGGCGAGGCUAAAAGACAAACCGACGAGAAAGCUCUCAUUUACCUCUGCCAGGAAGGCGUGUUUCAGACUAUGUGGUAUAUCAUCUUGGGCUACGCCAUCUCGGGUUGUAUUUUCGGUCUCUCUAUAGUCAAUGAAUACUUUUAUCGGGUUGUGUAUCUCUAUCGAGACUCGACCCCAGACAUUCCCGUACUUGCCCUAGAGGCAGAUAAUGGUUACUCUGUCGAGGAACUCGCAGAGCUGCAAGACUUUUGGUCGUCGCCUCCCAAUUGUCUGAUCAGCGACCGUGCCAACGCCAUUUUGAAUAAAGAGGCAAGGUAUCACCUCGAUGCGACCAUCCUCUUGUUUCUUGCCCAUGCAGCGGCACUUCCAGCGCAACGCUUCCUCAACGACCUGCCCCUCCCUUUUGCUCAUCGUGUUCCUGUUGAUGCGACCGCUCAUUCAGCCGCCGACAUGAGUUUGAAAGGAUUAGAGGCUGGGAGCAGGCGACACAGUCUUCAUUCGACCAAGAGGAACAAGCGCACAUCGGCGACUUUGCAUGAUGAAGAGAAAGGUGAAGAGGACAAGCCGGGGGACGACAAGCCGCCUGGCAAGGAUAAUGAUGGCUCGCAAGGCGGAAACUCCGGCCCUGGGGCCGAUAACUCACGAGGCGGAGGGUCUGGUUCAGCCGGAGGGUCUCGUCCUGGCGGUAGGGGUGCAGGCGGAGGCUCCUCUUCUCGUCGUGCUGAGGCGUUUGACACUCGAACGUCCACUGCACCGCAAGAGUUCAGGGGGGGCCUGGAGAGGCUAUCCGCUCCUAAGGAAAUGUUGGACAUGAAGACGUCCAUCAUGACCUCCCACCUCUCCAAUGACCGUGCCAGAUGCUCUAGGGCUCCCUCCUCUGUCGACAGUGACUCCUCUGGACAGUCAGACUCGUCGUUUGACACGUCCUUCGACUCCAAUAAGGGAGCUCUUAUCCUUGACGAUCUCCCCGACGACCCCCCCCAAAUAGUCAACAAGUCCGACCCUGUCGAUAUCGACCUUGAAGAUAUCGACCCAGAGUCGGGCGAGCUUACGUUGGCGGCUUUUAAGGGCCGCCUAGCGAUGCUCGGGGUACGGGUGAAGUUGGUGACUCGGGAGCAGAUGGACGUCUUGUUGUCCCGGGGAUGA